CCUUUUCCUAUCAGUAUCCUUCAAUUCUACCUGCGCAGGUGGGAAUUAAGCCAAAAAUACAGGUGAUUUGCCAAAGGAGAGCUCAAGCGAGCUGCUACAAUGGUGAAAAUCUCAAGACCUACGAGUAACAAUGACAGUGCCACUAAGAAGAAGAAGAAUAAGAAGAAAAUCAAUCCUAACGCCAUAGCCAUGAAAGUCAAAGCUCCGGUAGCAAAACCUAACCCCUUUGAAACCAUCUGGUCUCGUCGCAAAUUUGAUAUCCUCGGCAAGAAACGCAAAGGAGAAGAACGCCGUAUUGGCCUCGCUCGCUCCAUCGCUAUCGAAAAGAGAAAGAAAACAUUGCUGAAGGAUUACGAGCGGAGUGGUAAGUCAUCGGUGUUUGUUGAUAAGCGAAUUGGGGAGCAAAAUGAGGAGCUUGGUGAGUUUGAUAAGGCUAUCCUCAGAUCUCAACGAGAAAUGCGGGUGAAACUUAGCAAGAAAAGCAAGUAUAAUCUAUCUGAUGGAGAAGAAGAUGAGUUUGAGAUUCAAGAUGACAGAUUGUAUCCUGAAAGAGACGAUUUUGAGGAUGAAGUACCAUUUGAUGAGGAAGAUGGAGAUCCCACAGAGGCUGAGAAAAGGUCUCUCAUAUUAAAGCAGCUUAGUGCCAAUGGCACCCCUAGUGCUCAUGGAACUGGAGUUGAAGGAGAAGAAAAUAGGCAAAAGACUAAAAAGGAGGUUUAUGAUGAGAUAAUAUCAAAGAGCAAAUUCUUCAAGGCAGAGAAAGCUAAGGACAAGGAAGAAAAUGACCAAUUAAUAAAAAAAUUGGAUGAACAAUUUACAUCUUUGUCCUCCAAAUCCAUAUCUAACCAAAUGAAUGUUGUGAAGGAUGUUACAAGCAAAAACAUUAUAAAUAUGAAUUCUAGUAAAGUUGAAACUGAUCAGGGGCAAGAUGAUGAUUAUGAUAAACUACUUAAUGUCAUGGUGCUGGAUAUGCGGGCCCGCCCAUCAAAUAGGACAAAAACUCCUGAAGAAAUUGCACAAGAAGAAAAAGAAAGACUAGAAGAAUUAGAGAAAGAAAGACAAAAAAGGAUGAAUGCUGUUGAUGACACAAGUGAUGAUGAUGAUGAUCAUCAUCAUGAUCAUGAUCAUGAUCAUGAUGAUCAUGAAAAGUCAACUGCCAAGAAGCUGACCUCUAUUUCUGGUGAUGAUCUUGGAGAUUCUUUUGCUGAUGAUGAACCAAAAACCAAGCUGGCAUGGAUCCAACAGAUGUUAAGAAAAGAAAAUGAAAUUGAUGAUGAUGAUGAUGAUGAUGAGGAUGAUGAUGAUGAUGAUGAUGAUGAGGAUGAUGAUGAUGAUGGAGAGGGAGAUGAUCUGGCAAGUGAAAUGCCACAAUCAUUAAAAGACUGGGAACAAAGUGAUGAUGAUGAUGAUGAUGAUGAUGAUGAUGAUGAUGAGGAUGAUAAUGAUGACGUGAAGUUGAAUGUAAAAGUAAAACCAAAGGUGUCAAAAGUCAAACCUUCCGGAACAUUACAAGUUGACCUUCCGUACACAAUCGAAGCUCCAAAAACCAUGGAAGAAUUGUCAUCAUUGUUUGAUAAUCGAUCCGAUGAUGACAUCAUCGAAGCCAUUAGACGAAUUCGUGCAUUUAAUGCAAUCAAAGUGGCUGCAGAAAAUCGAAAGAAAAUCCAAGUAUUUUAUGGGCUACUACUGCAGUAUUUUUCAGUUUCAGCAAAUAAAAAGCCAUUAAAUUUUAAAUUAUUAAAUUUACUUGUGAAGCCAUUAAUUGAAAUGAGCAUAGAAAUCCCAUAUUUUGCUGCUAUAUGUGCUCGUCCGAGACUACUUAGAACUCGAUCACUUUUUGCAGAAGAUAUAAAAAAUUCAGAAAAAAGCAGUUGGCCUUCAAUAAAAACAUUAUUCCUCUUGAGGCUAUGGUCUAUGAUAUUUCCUUGCUCAGAUUUUCGGCAUGUUGUUAUGACUCCUGCAAUAUUGUUAAUGUGUGAAUAUUUGACACGUUGUCCUAUUCUUACUGGACGUGACGUGGCAAUUGGCUCCUUUUUGUGCUCUAUGCUUCUUUUUGUCUGUAAGCAGUCAAAAAAGUUGUGCCCUGAAGCUUUAGUGUUUCUUCGGACUUUAUUAAUGGCAGCUUUAGACAAAAAGCCUGAACAAUCUCAAGACUCAGAGUUUUAUCACUUAAUGGAAUUAAAAUCACCAAAGCCUCUGCUAUCCAUAAAUGGCACUGUAGAUGAAAUAAAACCUCUCGAUUUCAUUACAUUAAUCAACUCACCAGAUGACUCCCCUUAUUUCAGUUCAAAUAAUUUCAGGGCGAGCAUGCUAGUGGCAGUAAUAGAUAACAUACAAGGAUACACAAACAUUUAUCAAGAAUUCAAAUCAUUCCCGGAAAUAUUCCUACCAAUUUCCAAAUUACUAAAAGAAGUAUCGUCAUCCCAUAGUCAACAUGGUCAAAGUGAUGACGUGGCAUUAUUAUUAUUAAAAGAUAAAAUAAAAUCAACUGUGGAUUUGAUAGAGACGAAAGCAAACGAACAUUACGUGUCACGUCGACCUUUACAAAUGCGGAAGCAAAAACCGGUUCCGAUUAAAUUACUCAAUCCAAAGUUUGAAGAAAAUUUUGUGAGUAAUAGGGAUUAUGAUCCGGAUAGACAAAGGGCUGAAGAUAGAAAAUUGAAGAAGCUUGUGAAGAGGGAAGCAAAAGGGGCUGCACGUGAGUUGAGAAAAGAUAAUUACUUUUUGGCUGAAGUGAAGGCAAGAGAUAUGGCACGUGUGGAGGAAGAAAGGGCUAAGGAGUAUGGAAGAACAAGAGCUUUUCUUCAAGAACAAGAACAUGCCUUUAAAUCCGGGCAACUUGGCAAGGGAAAGAAAAGGAGGAGGUGAAGUUUGGGUGUAUUUUGAGAAAUGUGAUAUGGAAAAUAUGUUACAUGUGAUGAUUUUUUUGGUAGUUUUGAUGUGUUAAAGAUGUAAUAUGUGUAUUCUUUUUGGGUAAUGUGAGUUGAGCGUAGUUUUUUGUAGGCAAAAAGGAAAUGUUAUAUUGGCUAC